UGUGAGAAGUGGAGACCGGGUAGGAAAGAGAGGGUGGUUGGUUUGGAGGUAAGGUAUGGCAUGUGAUGCUGAAGUGUGAAGGACCAACAUAUCCUGGACAGCUCUGUUUACUGUAUCUGUUCUUCCAGAGUCUGGGUAUAUCUGGACAUACACACACUACAUGCCCAGAGCAAGAGGAACAACAGCCCGGAUCCAGCACCAGGUACCUGUAUCAGUGUAAAUUAAGAGUGUUUAUUGAUUUAGUUUUGUUUUGGGUGAUUUAUCUGUUACUGGGGGAAAAUGCAAAUUCUGCACCUGCUGCAAAAUCCGAAAUGUACCUUUAAAUGUAACUCUUUGUGUUCUUACUUGUGUUCCAAACCUUCUUUGUUGUGUUCUUCUGUUGUUCUCUGACACAACUCUUCUCCCCAAGCUAAAUCUUAAGAUGUUACAGAACAAGCUGCCACAAUUUCUCACAGUUAGUGGUUGUGUUUCUGUCUUUGUGCUACCUACCACAGUGUAAAACCAUGCCUCGUCUUUGUGUCUCAAUGCUGCUCUGGGUCGUCCUGCUGGGUCUCCUCUCUCUAAUAGGUAAGUCAGCCUGUUAGCACUCCACACUGCAGUGGAGGCUGCUGAGGGGAGGACGGCUCAUAGUAACGGCUGGAAUGGCGUCAAUGGAAUGGUAUCAAACACAUCAAAGACGUGGUUUCCAUGUUGUUGAUACCAUUCCAUUGACUCAAUUCCAGCCAUUAUUAUGAGCCGUCCUCCCCUCAGCAGCCUCCACUGCCACACUGGUGAAUAGAGGUGAGAGACUGAGCCUGUGUCAUUUUCAUCAGUGAUAAUGGAAGGCAUCCAAAAGGUCCCAGUGAGGACAAGACAUCUCUUCAACGUCAUUUUAACCUACAGUAAAUAGAAAUAGAAGAUGUAAGAUGCGCUUCAGAUGACAGAAUUUUGAAUCAAAUAUUGGGGCAGAAUGUUAUGAGAUAUUUGAAAAUGUUUAAAUAUCAGAAGUGUAUUUUUUGACAUCUGACACUAAGUGUAGAGACAAAGUAUUGUCUCUCAAGGCCCACAGGCCUAUAUAUAUAUAUAUAUAUAGAGAGAGAGAUUUCAAUUGAAUGCCAGCUGCUACUGCCUAUACAUACAUACAGAGCCUUGCAAAAGUAUUCAUUCCCCUUCGCGUUUUUCCAAUUUUGUUGCCUUACAACCUGUAAUUUAAAUGGAUUUUUAUUUCAUGUAAUGGACAUACACAAAAUAGUCCAAUUUGGUGAAGUGGAAUGAAAAAAAUUAUACAAAAUAAAUAACAGAAAAGUGGUGCGUGCAUAUGUAUUCACCCCCUUUGCUAUGAAGCCCCUGAAUAAGAUCUGGUGCAACCAAUUACCUUCAGAAGUCACAUAAUUAGUUAAAUAAAGUCCACCUGUGUGCAAUCUAAGUGUCACAUGAUCUGUCACAUGAUCUCAGUAUAUAUACACCUGUUCUGAAAGGCCCCAGAGUCUGCAACAUCACUAAGCAAGGGGCACCAUGAAAACCAAGGAGCUCUACAAACAGGUCAGGGACAAAGUUGUGGAGAAGUACAGAUCAGGGUUGGGUUAUAAAAAAAAUAUCAGAAACUUUGAACAUCCCACGGAGCACCAUUAAAUCCAUUAUAAAAAAAAUGGAAAGAAUAUGGCACCACAACAAACCUGCCGAGAGAGGGCCGCCCACCAAAACUCCAGGCAAGGCAAGGAGGGCAUUAAUCAGAGAGGCAACAGAGACCAAAGAUAACCCUGAAGGAGCUGCAAAACUCCACAGUGGAGAUUGGAGUAUCUGUCCAUAGGACCACUUUAAGCCAUACACGCCACAGAGCUGGGCUUUACUGAAGAGUGGCCAGAAAAAAGCCAUUGCUUAAAGAAAAAAAUAAGCAAACACAUUUGGUGUUCGCCAAAAGGCAUGUGAGAGACUCCCCAAACAUAUGGAAGAAGGUACUCUGGUCAGAUGAGAUGUCUGGCGCAAACCCAACACCUCUCAUCACCCCGAGAACACCAUCCCCACAGUGAAGCAUGGUGGUGGCAGCAUCAUGCUGUGGGGAUGUUUUUCAUCGGCAUGGACUGGGAAACUGGUCAGAAUUGAAGGAAUGAUGGAUGGCGCUAAAUACAGGGAAAUUCUUGAGGGAAACCUAUUUCAGUCUUCCAGAGAUUUGAGACUGGGACGGAGGUUCACCUUCCUGCAGGACAAUGACCCUAAGCAUACUGCUAAAGCAACACUCAAGUGGUUUAAGGGGAAACAUUUAAACGUCUUGGAAUGGCCUAGUCAAAGCCCAGACCUCAAUCCAAUUGAGAAUCUGUGGUAUGACUUAAAGAUUGCUGUACACCAGUGGAACCCAUCCAACUUGAAGGAGCUGGAGCAGUUUUGCCUUGAAGAAUGGUCAAAAAUCCCAGUGGCUAGAUGCGCCAAGCUUAUAGAGACAUACCCCAAGAGACUUGCAGCUGUAAAUGCAGCAAAAGGUGGCUCUACAAAGUAUUGACUUUGGGGGGGGGGGGGAUAGUUAAUAGUUAUGCACGCUCAAGUCUUCAGUUUUUUUGUCUUAUUUCUUGUUUGUUUCACAAUAAAACAUAUUUUGCAUCUUCAAAGUGGUAGGCAUGUUGUGUAAAUCAAAUUAUACAAACCCCCCAAAAAUCUAUUUUAAUUCCAGGUUGUAAGGCAACAAAAUAGGAAAAAUGCCAAGGGGGGUGAAUACUUUCGCAAGCCACUGUAUUUUGUGCAUAAGCGUAGUAUUGGAUUGUGACUUUGUACUUGGAUGAAACCCAUGGGGCUGCGCACAAUUGGCCCAGCGUCGUCGGGGGAGGGAAUGGCCAGCAGGGAUGUAGCUCAGUUGGUAGAGCAUGGCGUUUGCAACGCCAGGGUUGUGGGUUCGAUUCCCAUGGAGAGCCAGUAUGAAAAAGAAAAAAAAGAAUGUAUGCACUCACUAACUGUAAGUCGCUCUGGAUAAGAGCGUCUACUAAAAUGUAAAUGUAAAGUGGUGGUGGUGGCCUCCUUUCUUCAAUUCAUCUCCCCAAUAUCUCUGUGGGCUGAUGUGAAAUAACUUUUAAAAGAGGAAAGGUCACUACCUCUUUACUGGCUUCUCGGCUUUGUGUACUGUAGAUGGAUAAGAGGAGAUAUGGAGAGGAAUCCACUUUGCACUAUUGAGACACUCCCCAUUAAUGUGAGUUAAAUCUGAAUGAGACUGUUAUUGCCCUGCUGUUGUCUCUUACUGCAGUCUGGAGCAACUCUCAGAAACCGUCAACUGGAACUAAUUACCUUGGAGAUGCAGCCAGACAGUCAGUUUGUUUCUCUGGAGGAAAUGUUAUCCAUUAGUUCACUAGGAAUGUAACCUUCUGACUAACUACUGUGACAUUACAACAGCCAGUACAGUCAACAACAAAAAAUAAAAGACAGAUAUUGAUUAUAGUGUUUUUACUUGGUUCUGUCUCAAUGCAUCAAAUAUGAAGUUUAGUCCUCAGCAUACAUUGGGGAGAACAAGUAUUUGAUACACUGCCGAUUUUGCAGGUUUUCCUACUUACAAAGCAUGUAGAGGUCUGUAAUUUUUAUCAUAGGUACACUUCAACUGUGAUUAAUUUACAUUUUAUUGCAUGACAUAAGUAUUUGAUCACCUACCAACCAGUAAGAAUUCCGGCUCUCACAGACCUGUUAGUUUUUCUUUAAGAAGCCCUCCUGUUCUCCACUCAUUACCUGUAUUAACUGCACCUGUUUGAAUUCGUUACCUGUAUAAAAGACACCUGUCCACACACUCAAUCAAACAGACUCCAACCUCUCCACAAUGGCCAAGACCAGAGAGCUGUGUAAGGACAUCAGGGAUAAAAUUGUAGACCUGCACAAGGCUGGGAUGGGCUACAGGACAAUAGGCAAGCAGCUUGGUGAGAAGGCAACAACUGUUGGCGCAAUUAUUAGAAAAUGGAAGAAGUUCAAGAUGACGGUCAAUCACCCUCGGUCUGGGGCUCUAUGCAAGAUCUCACCUCGUGGGGCAUCAAUGAUCAUGAGGAAGGUGAGGGAUCAGCCCAGAACUACACGGCAGGACCUGGUCAAUGACCUGAAGAGAGCUGGGACCACAGUCUCAAAGAAAACCAUUAGUAACACACUACGCCGUCAUGGAUUAAAAUCCUGCAGCGCACGCAAGGUCCCCCUGCUCAAGCCAGCGCAUGUCCAGGCCCGUCUGAAGUUUGCCAAUGACCAUCUGGAUGAUCCAGAGGAGGAAUGGGAGAAGGUCAUGUGGUCUGAUGAGACAAAAAUAUAGCUUUUUGGUCUAAACUCCACUCGCCGUGUUUGGAGGAAGAAGAAGGAUGAGUACAACCCCAAGAAUACCAUCCCAACCGUGAAGCAGGGAGGUGGAAACAUCAUUCUUUGGGGAUGCUUUUCUGCAAAGGGGACAGGACGACUGCACCGUAUUGAGGGGAGGAUGGAUGGGGCCAUGUAUCGCGAGAUCUUGGCCAACAACCUCCUUCCCUCAGUAAGAGGGGUCGUGGCUGGGUCUUCCAGCAUGACAACAACCCAAAACACACAGCCAGGGCAACUAAGGUGUGGCUCCAUAAGAAGCAUCUCAAGGUCCUGGAGUGGCCUAGCCAGUCUCCAGACCUGAACCAAUAGAGAAUCUUUGGAGGGAGCUGAAAGUCCGAAACCUGAAGGAUCUGGAAAAGGUCUGUAUGGAGGAGUGGGCCAAAAUCCCUGCUGCAGUGUGUGCAAACCUGGUCAAGACCUACAGGAAACAUAUGAUCUCUGUAAUUGCAAACAAAGGUUUCUGUACCAAAUAUUAAGUUCUGCUUUUCUGAUGUAUCAAAUACUUAUGUCAUGCAAUAAAAUGCAAAUUAAUUACUUAAAAAUCAUACAAUGUGAAUUUCUGGAUUUUUGUUUUAGAUUCCAUCUCUCACAGUUGAAGUGUACCUAUGAUAAAAAUUACAGACCUCUACAUGCUUUGUAAGUAGGAAAACCUGCAAAAUCGGCAGUGUAUCAAAUACUUGUUCUCCCCACUGUAUCUCUUUACAUUGUUUAUAGUCAGACAUUUCUCUGUAAACUUGGAUUUUAUUGUGGAAUAUAAGGAGAAAGUUUUGAAGGUUUUUCUUUCAAAUUAAACGGAUGUCCUCCCAUGAUAUAAUGUUGGUAACAUUUCUUCAACAAUACACCACAAUACUGUAUAUUUAAUUGAAUAGAGCUUCUUCCGGCUUGCCUUGCCUACACAAUGCAUGUGCAGUAUUGGCUAUUCAGAGACAUACAGCAGUGCCUGCGUGGUGGCAUUGUUGCAAUAGCAGUGUGUGUACUGCCCAUGUAUUACUUAGCCCAUGGGGUUGCUGCAGGUUGUAAGCAACAACAACAAAACACCUUUAUAACAGGAAAGAACAGAAUGUGUUCUUACUCUGUGGUGGCGAUGCAAUAGAGCCUUUGUCACAACAUCACUCCGAGAUAUUUGAUUGAGUGGAAAUUACGUUGUUUUGAUGAAAAACAUCUGGUUGCGGUUUAUGGAGGUCAGAGUCAUAGUUCAUUUCCUUCUUUUGCUCUUUUGUUUUCUCUCUCCCUUUUUCAUUUUCAUUGAGACGGUAGAAGUAUUACACUGUGUGCCUACCAUGCUUAGCUCUCUCUCUGUUGACCAAGCUGAGCGUUUACCUUUCCCCUCCCCUAUGUAUCCUAUCAGACCUGGGUUCAAAUACUAUUUGAGAUUUUUAGCGUUUGCUUCAGUCUGCCUGGAGUGCCAGAUGGGCGGGGUUUGUAAUUUUCAGUCUAUUCUAUUGGUUCUAUUGUGCCAGGCAAACUCAACCAAUCCCAGAGAAAGUAUGUUGAAAUUACUUUGAAUAGCAUUUGAACCCAGUUUUGUGUUUCUCUACUGGCCUUUACUUACCUCUUCAUUGUUCUGCCGCGACCUUCCUCUCCUCUGAGGAUAUUUAAUAAAGGCUGUGAAUGUCAGAGCAGUCCAGGGCCAGGCGCAGCGCAUGGCACUUAGCAGUCAGCCGCUCCAUAUCCUCUUCAUCGCCUGUCUUCCACCUCACUGCCUCUGUCUCCCUCCCUCUGUCUGCUAACCUGCUGCUGCCUGCCCAGCGUGUUGGCCAUAUUGGGCAAUGUCAGAGAGAGUGAGACACAAAGAUGGAGGGAGAGAGGGGUGGUGGGAGAAUUUAGAGGGGGAGAAAAAAAAAACACUCCUCAAUCCUAGUGAGAAAGAGAGAGUGGUCCAUCAAAACACACUUUAAUACUGGGAACACUAGACUAAUUCACUUUCUCUGUUUUGUCAAUACUGAGAACACUGGCUAGACUAAUUCACUUGAUCUCUGUUUUGUCACAAGUCACCCAUCAACAGAGCUGUGUGAGUCACCAUGAAGACCCAUAGGGUUCCUUCAGUUCUGUCCGCUGGUCUGAAUAAUUCCUGUGUCUUUUCUCCCUCUAACUCAGGGGCUGAGGAGACAGCAGGAGAAGGCAAAGGUGAGUGUGUUUUACUGGGAGACUGGGUAACCAGGUGUUAGCAAGAUGGAGUUGGAUUCAAUCAAACCAACCCUAGCAAUGUUGAUUCAAUAUUUUUAGUUGUGCAACUAUAGCUUGAAGACAUACACUGAGUGGACAAAACAUUAGCAACAACUGCUCUUUUCAUGACAGGCUGACCUGGUGAAUCCAGGUGAAAGCUAUGAUCCCUUAUUGAUGUCACCUGUUAAAUUCACUUAAAUCAGUGUAGAUGAAAGGGAGGAGACAGGUUAAAUAAGGAUUUUUAAGUCUUGAGACAAUUGAGACAUGGAUGGCUUGUGUAUGUGUGCCAUUCAAAGGGUGAAUGGGCAAGACAAAAUAUUUAAGUGCCUUUGAAUGGGGUAUGGUAGUAGGUGCCAGGCGCACCGGUUUUAGUUGGUCAAGAACUGCAACUUUGCUGGGUUUUUCACUCUCAACAGUAUUAAGAAUGGUUCACCGCUCAAAGGACAUCCAGCCAACUUGACACAACUGUGGGAAGCAUUGGCGUCAACAUGGGCCAGCAUCCCUGUGGAACACUUUUGACACCUUGUGGGGGGGUGCAACUCAAUAUUAGGGAGGUGUUCUUAAUGUUUUGUACACUCAGUGUAUGUACACACACACAGCAAGAGACAAGGAGAGAGAGAGGUCAGAGGGACAGACGUAAGAGAAGACGUCAUUGGGGCCUCCACAUCAUAUCCCCAUAGCUUCCUAUAGUUUCUCACUAACAUGGUUGUUAUGUUUGAGUUGGGAGCUGUGGAGUGUUGUUGUCCUAGCCUGCUAUCCCAGCGUGGCCCUGGCCCUCUCUCCCACCACCCCACAGUGAGAGGCCUAUCUCUGGGCCUAGGGGACGUCCGGAGCCCCUCGCACCAGACUGGUCUUUAAUCAACCAUAAGUCUGAGAUGCUCAACGGGAGCUUUGGUUUCAAUUCGAAGACAAGCCGUUUUUUACAAGGUAUUUUAUUGACUUUGGUUAAAGGAAUGCGGCUUAAGCUCAGGUUGUAGUGAAGGGGUGACAGAGGUAAACACUGAGAAAUUAACGAGGCUGUUAUGGUUGGUGUAGCAGGGAGGAAGGCUGGGAAGUGGGAGAAUUGCAAAGGUUCCGUACAGUGGUUCUAUCACUGUCACAAACACACAUGUAUAAUCAAUGAAUACAGCUUGUGUAUUGAUUGUGUAUUGAUUAUGUAUUACACUGAAAAUAAUGUAUGUAGUAAACAGCUAUCAAUCCAUGUCAAGUUGUGUCAUGUGUGUCCAGUCUUAGUGAAGUGCAGUAUCAUUCACUCAGCCUCUGAUUGGUUCCCUUAUGACAUCCUCUUCUCGUGCUCUCAUUGGUUCCCAGCAGCAGAUGUGGGGCGUGAGAAGCGCAGCAUGCCCAACUGGGCUCUGACCUCCUCUGACUUCUUCGGCUGGGUGGAGGCUCUGCGCGAGCAAGCUGGUUAUGAGAAGAUUGAAGACCUGUCCAGAACCUUCUGGGCUCACUUCCCCUCCGCCAGCCGCCUGGGCUAUGAGCUGUCCGACCCUGACGAGGAGUGAGGAACCGGAACCACAACAACAGCAUAUAUAAAAACUGGUACAGGAUCAGUUUCGCCUUUUAAAUCAAAAUGAAUAAGAGUGUAUGGACAGGGGGUACCUGAGCCUAGAUCUGGGGCCAUAUCAAGCGUCUCAGAAUGGGAAUGCUGAUCUAGGAUCAGGCCCCCCUGUCCAUGUAAUCUAAUUAAUUGUGAUCUAAAAUGAAAAACGGAUCCUAGAUCAGCACUCCUACUCUGAGACACUUUAUGAUUACGGGACCAGAACUAGAACCAACAUCUCUCUACUGCAUGCAAGUAGUGUAAAUUGUAUAUAGAGGCCUACUCUAUGUCCUCAGAGGACCCUGGAAAAGACAUGUAUUGACAAUCACCAAAGAGGAGAAAGGGAGGGGGUGGAGCCUCUGCAUGGAGGUCAUGUGAUGCUCAGUACUGUACGUGUGAUAGACAGAGAACACACGUUGACACCAGAUCAGGUCUCUCAUACACUUGACUUUGCCUUGUGUUGUGUCCAUGGACAAUACAUUUGUAUGCGUUCUGUGUGUGAAACUGCCUUGCUUACAACCCAAUUAAACUCUCCCAGGAACCUGGAGCUGUAAUUCUUGUGAAUAGUCUGUUUCUUUAAACUUGUCUUGAACAGCCGUUGCAUGCAAAGCUCUCCUCCCAAAAGAUGUCCUUGGCACAGAAGUUAAAGUUGUUAAACAAUUGAUUAAUGGAAAUGUACAAUCGUGCAGCAGCUAUCAACAUGUUUGUCAGAAUCCUGGCUUGCUUGAAACUACUACUCAGGGCAAGUUUCCUGAACACAGAUUUAGCUUAUUCUUGGACUAAAAAGCACUUGCUUAAUCCGUGUAAUCGACCCUUUGCAAAUCCACAUAUCAGAGAUGUCUGUAACUGUAACUAUUGAGCGAUUCAAAGAGCAGUGAUAUGGAAGUGUUUGAAUUCUCCAAGAAUUAAGUUUUGUCCUCUUCGUAUCUGUGUGUUCUUUCGCCUGGCAUGCAGCAACUGCAUGUCAUGCUGGCUGAGAGAGAUCAGAGAGAGGCAAUGAAUAGGGCAUGCUGUGUAGUGGCCUGCGGUGGCAGGGAAUAGGGCAUGCUGUGUAGUGGCGUGCGGGGUGAUCACUCAACAUGGGGGGAAACUUUACCAUUAACACACACUUUAAAGAAGAAGCCCUCCCCCGGUUGCCAUGGUGACAGAGGCGAUAGGAUAGGUGGAUGUAGAGUUGUUAUAAGGAUGGUGUCAGGUCAAGAUGGUGUAAAGUGUGUAUCAUCCUCAUAGCUAUAGAUACACUGUACACCUAAACACUUUUCUACGGCUGCCGGUUCUAAGAAAUCGCACACCAAAUGAACAUUGAGAUGCUGUGUGUUAUGUAGAAAUCUCCUGAAGCGUGACCUUUCUCCUAUUUCUCUGAAUCUACCCAGCUUAAGUGUUAUUUAUUCCCCCAGUGUUUUACCCCUGUGUGUGUGAGAGAGUGAAAGAGCGCUUGUCGCCCCUCUCUCUCUGUGACUUCUCUUUGACCCCUGUUUCACUGCAGAGGCCAGCCCUGAGCUGAGUGCAGGUGUUCCGUCCUCUCACAGGAGCACAGUCAGGAAUGCAGACUGAGAUUUCACUAUCAGGGUACAUGCCAGGCAGGCAAACCAUUCAAACCCCAAGGUUAAGGUGUGUUCCAUCCCAGUCUAUAAUGCUAAUCACAGGGGGAAUCUCACCUAUGUGUGUGCCUUACAGACAGAGGGGUCUAUCGUGUGACUCUCAUGCAAGUCACAGCAGCUGAGUUCUCUGUUUGUCUUGAGGAAGAGUCAGUCUGCACGCUGACAGAUGUUUGCCAAAUAGUCUGUCGGUUGGUGAAGCAGUGGCUCCCUGAAAGCCUAAUCGACCAUUAACUGAACAUCGCCCGCUCAAGGAUGGCUUGCUUUAAAGCGCAGAGAAAUACUUUCAUUCAUUUAAUCUUGGCCUAGUAAAUAGAAUAAGCCAAUUUACUAACAUGGGAAAGACCAAUAUUAUGAUCCCAUAAACAACAAUAUAUAUAUACAAACAACAGAUUGGUAGCCAAUUAGUGUGUAUUACAAACAUAUGGUAGAUAUUGUGGUCAUACGCUUUGCUGGAGGGAUUUUUUCUUGUGAACAAUUGUAUUUAAUAUUUCAAUAAAUAUUGGGAGGUGAGGCCUAGAGGUGAGUCUUGUUCUGUUUUUAAGUUGAGUUGUGUGUUUUCUAUUUGCUGUCGAUAUAUUGUCUGUACACCAUAAUAAGAAAUAGACAAGUAGCUGUUCCAUCGCUCCUAGGGACAAGGACAAAGUUGUUUUGUCCAUAAUCUGGAAUAGACACGAACACAUUUUCACAAUGCCACACUAACAAAGACAGCAUUCCUUGAUUUGCAACCUGCAGAGUGGAUCAAUGAGGUAUUCAUCACAACAAGAAGAGAGCACAUUGUUGCCUUGCCUCCUGCCCACAUCAGCACUGAAGAGAAAGAUUACUGAUGGUAAGAUAUCCAACAUAUUGAUUUAACUUAUAAUGCCUUUAACACCUCUCCUACCUUCAGUUCAGAGAGUGGACAAGGACGAGGUUGCAGUAUGUCUUAAACAUAGUGUCAUCUUGGUUGAGAGGAAUCUCUCAAAACAUGACUGAGGGUGCAUCUCAAAUGGCACCGUAUUCCCUUUAUAGUCCUGUGGGACCUGGGCAAAAGUAGGGAAAUAUAUACACUACCAGUCAAAAGUUUGGACACACCUACUCAUUCAAGGGUUUUCCUUUAUUUGUACUAUUUUAUACAUUGUAGAGUAAUUGUGAAGACAUCAAAACUAUGAAAUAAAACAUAUGGAAUCAUGUAGUAAACAAAAACGUGUGAAAUCAAAAUAUAUUUUAUAUUUGAGAUUCUUCAAAUAGCUACCCUUGAUGACAGCUUUGCACACUCUUGGCAUUAUCUCAACCAGCUUCAUGAGGUAGUCACCUGGAAUGCAUUUCAAUUAACAGGUGUGCCUUCUUAAAAGUUAAUUUGUGGAAUUUCUUCCCUCCUUAAUGCGUUUGAGCCAAUCAGUUGUGUUGUGACAAGGUAGGGGGGUAUACAGAAGAUAGCCCUAUUUGGUAAAAGACCAAGUCCAUAUUAUGGCAAGAACAGCUCAAAUAAGUAAAGAGAAACUUUAAGACAUGAAGGUCAGUCAAUACAGACAAUUUCAAGAACUUUGAAAGUUUCUUCAAGUGAGGUCGCAAAAACCAUUAAGUGCUAUGAUGAAACUGGCUCUCAUGAGGACCACCACAGGAAUGGAAGACCCAGAGUUACCUCUGCUGCAGAGGAUAAGUUCAUUAGUUACCAGCCUCAGAAAUUGCCGCCCAAAUAAAUGCUUCACUCAGUUCAAGUCACAGACACAUCUCAACAUCAACUGUUCAGAGGAGACUGCGUGAAUCAGGCCUUCAUGGUCGAAUUGCUGCAAAUAAACCACUACUAAAGGACACCAAUAAGAAGAAGAGACCUGCUUGGGCCAAGAAACACGAGCAAUGGACAGUAGACCGGUAGAAAUGUGUUGUUUGGUCUGGAGUCCAAAUUGGAGAUUUUUGGUUCCAACCGCCGUAUCUUUGUGAGACGCGGUGUGGGUGAACGGAUGAUCUACGCAUGUGUGGUUCCCACCAUAAAGCAUGAAGGAGGAGGUGUUAUGGCAUGGGGGUGCUUUGCUGGUGACACUGUCUGUCGUUUAUUUAGAAUUCUUAACCAGCAUGGCUACCACAGCAUUCUGCAGCGAUACGCCAUCCCAUCUGGUUUGCGCUUAGUGGGACUAUCAUUUGUUUUUCAACAGGACAAUGACUCAACACACCUUCAGGCUGUGUAAGGACUAUUUUACCAAGAAGGAGAGUGAUGGAGUGCUGCAUCAGAUGACCUGGCCUCCAUAAUCCCCCGACCUCAACCCAAUUGAAAUGGUUUGGGAUGAGUUGGACUGCAGAGUGAAGGAAAAGCAGCCAACAAGUGCUCAGCAUAUGUGGGAACUCCUUCAAGACUGUUGUAAAAGCAUUCCAGGUGAAGCGGGUUGAGAGAAUGCCAAGAGUGUGCAAAGCUGCCAUCAAGGCAAAGGGUGGCUACUUAGAAGAAUCUCAAAUAUAAAAUAUAUUUUGAUUUGUUUAACACUUUUUUGGUUACUACAUGAUUCCAUAUGUGUUAUUUCAUAGUUUUGAUGUCUUCACUAUUAUUCUACAAUGUAGAAAAUAGUAAAAGUAAAGAAAAACCAUGGAAUGAGUAGGUGUGUCCAAACUUUUGACUGGUACUGUAUAUAUGUAAAAUAUAAAGAGAAAAGGAUAAGAAUUUGGAUAAUUUAAAAUCACACCUCUCUACUGCCCCCUACCUGUGUAAAGAGGACUGGUCUCCAUGAUCUUGGGGCUCAGACACACUUCAAAGUAAAGUAAGGAAAUUAAAUUAAAUUCAAACGGUUUUUUUUCUUCUCUGUGGGGAUGUGUUUUUUCCUGUUCAGAAACAUCUGUCCUUCCCUUGAGAUAUUUUGCUCUUUCUGCAUGGAAUCAUGCCCCAGGGGAAAACGUCCUUGAGUGGUGUUCCAUAAAUAUGGCCCCAGAUUUGUUGAUUGCAGCAGUAUGAUGCUAUUUGUUAAGUUACUACGUGGUCUGAAAAAAGCACACAGGAAAAUUAUAAUUUACUGCUGAAUAUGUGGAGGAAAUAUGAUACGGUUUUCUGUGUUGUUGUUGUUUCAAUGACAUCAUUGAUCAGGCUGAACAGUUGUUUGACAGUUACCAUUUUCCGCUUUCUGUGUAAAGACAUUCGACAGAAAAACAUCAACAUAUCUCAGUAAGAGAAAGCACAGUAUCUUAGCCUUGCACUGCUGUACAUGUAGCAAUGCUCGGUCACACUUUUAUUUGGAUAGUCCAAAUAGUCCAUCUGUAGAUGCUAUACAGAUGGUCAUACUAUCAACAAACUGCUUGCUAAGGUUACGGUUAGGGUUAGGUUUAGAAUAAGGGUUAGGGUAAGGGCUAAGGUUAGGGCUAGGGUUAGAGUAAGUGUUAAGUUUAGGGUUAGGAUAAGGUUAUGGUUAUGGUUAGUAGAUAAUUAGUUUAAGUGUUACUGAUAGCUUGUAGAUAGAGCAUCUACAGAAGGACUACAGACUAUCUAAAUAAAGUGUUACCCAUCCAACGAACAUAUCACCCACACAUUCAACUUUAGAGAGAAUGACCGAGGGCUUCUGUUUGGCUGGGCCUUCCUUUUAUGACAUUCCUGAACCGGCACAAGCAGGUUUUCCUCCAGGAAGGAAUGUUUGUUCUUUGGCCCUGUGGGGAGACUCCUGCUUCCACUUCUCCUGAUUCUCCUCCCGCCUCUUCUUCCCACUGCUUCCCGAGACUCAGAGAGACGUCUGGAACAGAGACGGAGACCAUGGCUUUCCACAACCUCUGUCUGCAGGUUCUACUGCUAAUUGCCUUCCUCUCCUACUGCGCUCACUCAGGUAAAACCCUUCCGUCAUUCAUAUUGUACAUUUGUGAUUGAGUGUACUCACUGACCCAUCACAUUUAUACUGUCAAUUUGCAGGUUGAUGCAUUCAAAUGUCAUAGUAUGUUGCCACGUGACAAAAUUGUUACAGAGAAUAGAGAUUUGGAAAAGGGCGCCUGCACGCCUGUCUCGAUAUAUUUUCCCCUCUCACUCUGUUUCGAAAUUGCUGAGUUUAACCGAGACUUGAUUUUUUUCUUCUUCUCGAGGACAGUGUGACAUCUGAUUUUGAAAGUGUUCAGUGGCUAUUCUAUCCGCCCUGUAGCCACCAUCUUGGAUGCUCUGUGGGAGGCUUAGAUUUUUUGAAGUACACUGGGAGAAAGAAUAAUGGUUAAGAGAGAGAGGGAGAAAGAAGGAGAGGUAAACCAAGAGAAUAGCGGGAGGGAGAGUAAAAAAAAAGGGAGGAGAGAGAUUGAAGUAUUUGUGCGUGGGGAACAAAAGGCAGUCAAACCUAACCACAGCUCCUGGAGGGAGGAUUUCACACCCUCACGUCACAUUGUUUGCCUGUGAAUAUCACCGUCCUACCAUCUACUGUCUGCUAGCUAGAGGAAUAAGGUCUCAACUCUCUACCUCUCUAACCGGUCCUCUAAUAUCAAACCAGACUACAUUUAAAGAACUACAUUUAUACAGCACAUCCAUUAACCCUUUACACUCGAGGGAAUGGGCCUAUAUGGAUAUGGCUAAAUUGAAAUGUUUCUUACAAAAUAAAUAUGAAAAUCAUUUGCAUAACCAUGGUAACAAUUGAAAGGGAACAGUUUGGAGAUUAUGGGAAAAUUAUUAGACCAAAGUUGAGGACACAACAGUUAACAAGACUGAAUCCAAACAUUACACUGUUGAUUUUAUAUUCAUUUUAUAUUUACUGUACUUUUUGCCGCAUUUGUUGAUAACGAAAUCCGAAAAUACUCUGGAUAUGUUCAGUAACAUGAUAAUAAUAUUUCUGGAGAAUGUGGGGUAGGUGCAACAUAAGACAAAACAAUUAUAAGGAUUUGAGUGAGAAGUCUGAUUGGUGUCUCCAAGUGGCCACACACCUCUCCAAAGUGUGCACAGUUCCUAAGUAAUUUCAAUGCACUUUUAUGACUCAAAGAUGAGUCUUCAACUAUAAGGAACUUUUUUUUUAGCUCUCCUAGCUGUGCCAUAGAGUAACUAGAGCAAGCACACUUGUAGUUGUUUUGUUUGGAACAUGGCCCUGCAUCCCCGCCAUCACACAAUUACUGUUGUUUACGCAAUCCAAAAACGGUCCAUUAUAAAUCGUAAUCUGGGUCAGGUGGGCACAGAAAGGAGUCAAGAGUGCAUUCAGGAGGGUGUGCCAUGGCAAAUGUUCUUCACAAUAAACAAACACAGGCUCAUUCUGUUCAGAACAACCCAGGGUAUGACGAUAUGUCAUAUUGUAACUGUACAUCAAACAUACUGAUCAUAAACGUUGACACUGCAUAUGACAUGAGUUUUAUGAUGUGGAGAUGUGAAGUGCACAUUUGGACUCACGGGUGAUUGACUUGGUUGUACGACAUCAGAGCGGUAUUUAUUAUAAUCCUCAACGUCUCAUCUUUCAAAAUACAUUGAGUCAUCUUAAUUUACAGCAUUUCCCUCACUCAGACAACAAAACAAGUUGCCCAAUUAGCAGGUGGGAUGGGGGCAACUUCUUAUCUUGCGCGGUGCCCAAGUUCCUGAACGGCUGUCAUCAAAACCCAUACAGAGCUGUGAAUUAUUUGAGAAGCUUGCAGUUUGUAUUCAUCUUGCAUAGUAAUGGUUGAAAAAUAGAAAUACCAGUGCCAGAAUUCCAUUGUUGUUCAACGGACCUUCUAAUGUGUUGUUUAGGUUGCCCUGGUAAUACUUUGAUAACUGGAGUGUUUUUCAAGUAUUGGUAUGGUGAAUGGGUAUGAAGGGAUGGAUAAAACCUUUUUUAUAUAAACAUUAUUUUUACAACUGUUUUUAUAUACUCACCAAGGUUUCUAUAUACUGCAUAGGUUUGACUUCUAUCACUUAAUUGGAGAAUUGUAACACUUAAAUGUAAUAAAACAGAGCUGCUUCCGUAUUAGAUUUCUUAUUUACUCUUUACUUGAACUCUCUCUCUCUGUCAUAGGUCAUAAUAAUGAUAUACACUGAGUGUACAAAACAUUAGGAACACCUGCUCUUUCCAUGACAUAGAGUAGACUGACCUGGUGAAUCCAGGUGAAAGCUAUGAUCCCUUAUUGAUGUCACUUGUUAAAUCCACUUCAAUCAGUGUAGAUGAAAGGGAGUAGACAGGUUAAAGAAGGAUUUUUAAGCCUUGAGACAGUUGAGACAUGGAUUGUGUAUGUGUGCCAUUCAGAGAGUGAAUGGGCAAGACAAAAUAUUUAAGUGCCUUUUGAACGGGGUAUGGUAGUAGGUGCUAGGCGCACCGGUUUGAGUGUGUCAAGAACUACAGCGCUGCUGGGUUUUUCACACGUAACAGUUUCCCGUGUGUAUCAAGAAUGCUGCACCACCCAAAGAACAUCCAGCCAACUUGACACAAUGUGGGAAGCAUUGGAGUCAACAUGGGCCAGCAUCCCUGUGGAACACUUUCGACACCUUGUAGAGUCCAUGCCCCGACGAAUUGAGGCUGUUCUGAGGGAAAAAGGGGGUGCAACUCAAUACAAAUAUUUUGUACACUCAGUAAUGAUAUAACAGUUGAUUCAAAGUGAGGUAAUGUUUAGAUCAAGUACAAUAUAUCUGAUUUGUCUUUAUUUAACCUCUUGUGUCUGUGCGUCUCCAACAGAUGGCACAAGGGAGAGCAGGCUCCACAGACUACUGAAGAAAAGAGGUGGCAAUAUGGAUUAUGGCUGUUUUUCAUGAGAAACAUCUCACAGCUGAGACUACACACACUGACUACACUGAGCCACAGUACAUCCACAUGUCUGCGUCAUAAAUGUCAGGAAAACAAUUCACCUUUCAUAAAUAACUUUAUCGACAAAUCUACCUCAGGCGGUAAACUUUUCACACUUGUCUAUCUUUGAAUAGCCCUGUCAAAUUCAGACAGACCUCCAUGGCAUGCAAAACAUACAGUCCUCUGUGGGAUGAAUGCCUGGAUUGAUAAGUGACAGUUUCAGAUGAUGAUGGCUUUAUGAGUCUUAUUAAUAAUAAAAAGCACCCAUUGAUAUUUAUAGAGUGUCGCUAAUGCAGCCUUAGGCUCCUCUCCUGUCUCUCCUGGCUGCUGCUGCUCGGUCAGAACCACUCUAUCUCUGUCACUGACAGCUCCCCUGCUCCCUACACACUUCCCCUGCCUCCAACACUGCUGUAGACAAACAGGUGUGGUUAUUGACUGCUUUACAUCCGCACCUUGACCCUUAACCUCUCCUACCUGUAUUUCCUUAGUGGGCGGAGACACGAAGCCUGUGGAGGUGGGGGUGGCGGUGGCCCCCUCCAAGGCCAAAGAGUUCCUGACCUCCCUACGGAGGCCCAAGAGGAACAUCUGGGACCGCAGCAGGCCAGAUGUGCAGCAGUGGAUCAUGCAGUUCAUGCACAUGGGUUAUGACGAGGCGGUAGGUGCACUGCACACUGUACCCUUCACAAUACACUACACUCUGCACACACAGAUGCUUUACCCAUUGGUCAGUAAAACAUUCCUACAGUCCUUAUGGUAAUCCGGUCUAGUAAACUACAAAUGCAUCGUAUACUAUUAUGUUUUAUAAACUGGGUGGUUCAAGCCCUGAAUGCUGAUUGGCUGACAGCCGUCGUAUCAGACUCAUACCACGGGUAUGACAAAAAAUGUAUUUUUAUUGCUCUAAUUACGUUGGUAACCAGUUUAUAUAAGCAAUCACGUCAUGGGUUUGUGGUAUAUGGCCAAUAUACCAUGGCUAAGGGCUGUAUCCAGGCACUCCGCGUUGCGUCGUGCGUAAGAACAGCCCUUAGCCGUGGUAUAUUGGCCAUAUACCAGACCCCCUCAUGCCUUAUUGCUUAAAUAUACAAUUCCAUUUAACAUUACAAAUAACUGACUUACAGGAAGAAUGUACAGCAUAGUACAAGCACAUCCCUGUUAUGCUACUAGUUAUGUUCUUUUAAUCUAAUCUGAAUGGUUUUCCUUUAACAUCGUUAUAGAAAUUCUGACAAUUUUUCCAUCAUUGUAUAAGUGACAUGGUGGCAUUUACAGGAAUGAUAGGUCAACAUACGAAUAGGUCAGUCUUUGUGUUUGCUUCAGUCUCAUAUAGGCUGUACAGAGACAUGGCUUCCUUUCUACAGCAAUAUCUUAGCAACACAAUGCAACCACUCUCCACUGUCCAGACAGCUCUAUUAUAAGGUGUGUGUUGAUAUUUUUAUGACGAGGUUGUGUGAUUGGGUUAAUGUCGGUGUCUGUGACACCUGUCUCCUAGCGGGCUCAGCAGCUGCCCCCUGUGUGUGUGUGGUGUGUGUGUGUGUGUGUGUGUGUGUGUGUGUGUGUGUGGUGUGUGUGUGUGUGUGUGGUGUGUGUCAGCUCCAGCUCAUCCCAGCUCCAACAUCAGUCGAUGAGGGACCGUAAUAUUUCUCUCACAUCUGCGGCCAUCGUCCAACAGCGGCAGACCUGUCCAAACUGUCUCGCCACAUAAAGCCCCCUGCCUCCAGAAAUGCCUCAUGGAAAACGUGUCGGUUAAUUAGUCAAGAGAAACGUGAGGUUGCCCUCUAAUGCCAGUCAUGCUAUAACUCAGACGCACCAUCCCUUCCAAGACCUCAUCUAUGCAAACAUGUUUACACUACUUUAGGUUGAUUUCCCGCUGGGUUCAUACAUUAUAUAUAUUUUUUAAAUGGACUGAAUGUACUGCAAGUCACUUUGGAUCAAAGCAUCUGCUAUUACGAUAUUAUUUCAUUGCAUCUCCAGUUGUCCUUGAGAUGGGUCUCUCCUACUGCAGCUGUCACACAAAUACACACACUGUCUCUUCUAACACCUUGUCUAUUCACUGUCAUUCAAACAAGUUCACGAGUCUUCUAGCUUGAAAUCAUUAUGGAUUUAUCUCUUGUUGUCCAUCCAUCCCACAGAGGCUUGAGACUGACCUGUCCUACUGGAUGGACCUGUCCCGGUCAUCAGACCAAGGUCACCAGCACCAUUAUGACGAGAAUGCCCCCAUCGGGCCCCAGGACCCCGGUUCCUACAGACAUGGCGCCAACGUCAAUUAUGACUACUAU